AUGGAUAGUGAUGAAUUCCUGAAGCUUCUACAGAACGGGUUCGAUGAAAAAGUUUUUGUUUCAAAAGUUUUUGAAACGAGCAAUUUGGUUGAGCCCCUAAAAAUGGUGUCAGAGAGGUUAUCUGUACUAGAAGCAGCGAUUUAUAGCCAUGUUUCAAAGCACAACAAUGAGUUGCUCAGUCAAACUGCUGAUCUGGAGAAUUUCUCCAACAUUGUCGCAAGUGUUGAAUCUCGUAUCAUGAGCAUUUCUGGCAACGUCAAUAUGAUAAAACAAAGACUGGGCAAACACUACGAACAUCUAAACAGUCAGGUCAUUCUUAUUAGACGCCUUGGCGUUGUGUACGAAACUUUGCGAAGUAUUCUUCGUGUAUCAUCAACGAUGAAGAAACUUCGUGAUUCAUCGGUUAAUAUCGUUCAAGCUUCCGAAUACGUCGAAGAAUUGAAUUGCACUUUCGAGACUUUAGACUGGGAGGGAAUUCAAGUAUUGGAAGAAAAUUUCAAGAUUCUCUCUGUUGAAAAGGAACGCCUAACCACAGAGGCUUGGGAGCUAAUUCAUAUUUCUUUCAAAAAUAACGACCAAAGUCAUUUGGGUCAUGCUUUACAGGCCUUCAACAACCUGUCAAUGCUUCCUAAGGUCAUUCAAGGCCUCGUUUCCGAUUGGCAGAAGGAUGUCGAAAAUAUCGUCAAAAUUACAGCUGAUGUUGAAGAUUUGAACAAACGCGCUAAAGGAAAGGUAAUUUCGUCGCUUUCGUCAAGUAAACCAGGGAAAGCUUCUCUCCCUACUUCUGGUGGCCAAGCUGCAGCUUUUCGAAAUCUUCUAUGGACUGGUCUAGACCAAAUGAUCACCACGCUGGACCGUUGCCUUUCUCAAGCUCGAAUGCUCAUCGAUACACUGCAAAAGAUUCACUCUGGUUCUGAAAGUCUUUCUAGCCAACUUGGGAGUUACAUUCUUGCAAACAUUACUAUCCCUGAAGAAAGAGAUUGUUGCGCAGCGAUAAUACUUGUUCUCUCUACUAGUAAUGAAGAAAAUUCAAUGGUAGAAAAUAUCAGAAGGCUAGCCAAGGAUGUGGAUAGCUAUAUGUUCGAGGCGUACUCAGAAGGUCUUUUAGGAUGGAUCAUAACCUGCCUAUCCGCCAUUUUCGAACCGGCUCUUCGCAGACGAUCCGGCCAGCUGAAAGAAGCCCUAGAGAGUGACUAUCCUCGAUUGCUGAAGCUGUUCCUUAACCUCUCCGGCAAUAGUCAACAGCCUCUGUUGGCUAAGCCACUUACUACCUUCUUGGCACCUUUUGAAGCGGCUUAUUUGGGAAGGGGUUUGACGCGUCUCUUUGAUCGUGUCAAUUCGAUAUUCGUAGGGGUAACUGCUUUGGAUCCUGCUGGGGAAAAUCUUCCCAGACUUAUUGAUGCCGAGAGAUUAGUGCAGACAGUGUCCACGGAGCUAGCACAGUCCGCGGCCGUUCAACGCGAACUCUUCUGCAAGGUCAUUAUUGUGGAUUUAUGUGCAUUACUCAUUAUCUACCUUCAAUUCAUGGGAGUUAUCCGCAAUGUUGCCAAGAUGAUAGCUCUCUUUUCAACCAAAGUCGAGGCUCUAAUUGUGACAAGUCAAGUCUCGGUGGAAGGAUUGCCCACUCCCGGUCAACAAAAGAAUGUACAUUUGGUGAAUUUCACCUGUGCUUUUGUUGAUCAUCUGAGAAUGGCUGUUGCUAGGCAUACUACUGCUCAACAACAGAAAUGGGGCAUUAGACGCGAAGAUAUCGAUGAUCCCCAGGCAAUUGUCGAUCAAACCAUUGUGUCGGAACUCUCAGAUGUAUGCUUAUCUGCUCUAGAACCAUUGUUCAAGGCUCUUACGGAUCAUGUAGUUGAGAAAUACCUUCCCAGAAUUCAUUUGGAGAUCUCGAUGGCCGAGGAAGUUGAUCCACCUUGCGUGAGGGAUAUUCAAGCAUUUAUUCAUCGAAUGCGAACCGAAUAUCUUUCGGGAUUUACAACGUCUUCUGGUAGUGGAAUUGUCAGUAUCAAUCGCUCAGCAGCUCCUCUUUUCAACUCCGGAGAAGCUGCUUUGCGCUUUGGCCUGCAAACCCGUGUCCUCUCACCGUGUUUAGACGCCCUCGCUGUGCAUAUAAGUCUUCUUCGUCCAUGCACUAGUGUGGAACAACGCUCACAUCUGACUAGCUGCGCCGCGGAGAUUGAAAUGAUUCUCUCCACACUAGCUCCGCCCUCGCUGCAUACUGAAGCUGCUUUUGCUCGAUUGAGGAUCCUCAGACAACUGUUUGCUUUGUCGGAAGAAGAAAUACUAUUGACAGUAAAAUCUAAGGGAUCAUCCUUGACUUCCAAUCGUGGCGUAAUAGGACUCGGAAGUAACGUGGGCAGCCUUCCUGGAAGCUUGAUUCUGCAUCAUAUGAUAGCGAGGGCUCCCACGGAAAUCCCCUUGCCUUAUCAUCAGGCAGCUAGAGGUGGUGAUCAAAUUGAAGGCUGGAGUCUGGAACGAUAUGUUCGAUGGUGUCUUCGACAGGCAGAUGAGGCAGCUCGUUUGACUUUCAUCACUAGAGCGAUGGACGUUUAUGUGGAAGGUGUGGAGUCGAGGCAGCAACGUGAAUACCCCGAGAUCUACCCAUGUAUUCGGGAUUUAAUUGAAUUCUACCAGCAGGAAUUGUCGGAGGAUCACCAGGAAACUCAGUGA